AUGUAUGAGGAAGAAAAACGGCAUGCCAUGAUCCAAUAUACAUCGAUACAAGAGGCUGUGAUUGGUUAUGACCAAGGAUCUAAGAUGAACUCUACCAAGUUUGAGUAUGCUGUUGGUAGCGGAACCCAGCAUCAGGCAAUAUCGCGACAUCCGUUUGGUGUGUUGCUUGUCGAUAUUUGA